AUGAAUAGUUUAGAAAAAGAUGAUGCAAAUAACUAUGAAACAGUCGAAGAAAAGCUGAAUAAAGAAGACUUUAUCUUAAUACGGCUUGAUGAAUUCUUAGAUUCAAAUCAAACAGAUUUUCGAGCAUUGUCUAAACUACGCGAAAUUGUUUAUUAUUUAAAAACUUUUACAGAUGUAAAACAGUGUGAAAACUAUAUAAGAACACAACUAAAUGAAAAUAUAUUUUUAAUUGCUUCUGCCACAAUUGGACAAUUAUUUGUCCGUACUAUACAUGAACAUACACAAAUAAAAUGUAUCUAUAUUUUAUGUCAACAUAAUCGACAACAGUUGACAAAAUGGACAGCGGAUUAUUCAAAAACAAUGAAUCAUAUCUAUACACAUUUUAAAACAGCCGAUUUCAAAUUGUCACAUUUAUUGGCACAGACAUUGGUACGUUUACCACGUGAAGAAAAAGCAAAAAAUGAAAUGAUUAAAAAUUUGAAAGAAUAUUAUCAUGAUAGUCAAUUUAAUAUAGAAUUUAUUGAUGAUUAUAUUGUCAAUUAUCAGCCAAAAGAUGCAAUAAAAUGGUAUACAAAAGCAGGAUGUUUAUUUCGAAUAUUGAAUCGAACAUUUCGCGAAGGAAAUAUUGAUAAUAUGUACAAAUAUCGUUCAUUCAUUAAAGAUUUAUCAGAACAAAUAGAUAUUCUUUGUCAAGAACAUUCUGAAUUGGGUAUAACAGACUACAUUGCCUAUCGUGGUACAUGUUUAAGCUAUCAAUAUAUUGAUAUAUUGAAAGUAAAUAAAGGAAAACUUAUAUCAUUUAAUGGAUUUUUAUCAACAAGUCUAGAUAAACAAAUUGCUCUACUAUUUAUGCAACAAAAUGAUGAAGAUAAUGAAAUGGAAUCAAUUUUAUUUGAAUAUUAUGUUGAUUCAAAAAUAUCGGCAUCAUUUGCCUAUGUUGGUUUAUUAAGUGUUCAUCCGGAUGAAAAAGAAUUAUUAAUCAAUAUUGGCACUAUAUUUCGAAUUGAUGAUAUUCAAUAUGAUGAGAAGGAAAAACUAUGGCAUGUUAAACUAAUGAUUUGUGAAAAAACCUAUCAUAUUGGACAACAUUAUUUAGAUGAAGAUGAUGGACAACAACCAAGUAAUCUAUUAAAUUUUGGCCGUUUAUUAAUUGAAGCUGGUCAAACGGAAAAAGCAGAAAAAUUUUAUUUGAAUUUGUUAAAUGACUAUAUUAAUAAUAAUGAUUCUAAAGCAACAUGUGAAUGUUAUAAUGGACUAGGUUUAGUUUAUUUUGAUAUGAGUAUUUAUCAAUCAUCACUUGAUAUGUAUUUUAAAGCAUUAAAUUUUUCAUCAGAUAAACAAUUUUUAGCAAAUACUUAUUGUGGUAUUGCAAAUGUAUAUGAUAAUAUGGGUGAAUACGAUUUGUCAUUAGAUUAUUAUAAUAAAUCACUUUUAUUAGAUGAUGAUGAAUCUUCAAAUAAGGCAACAACUAUGAACAAUAUUGCCAAUGUUUACCAUCAUAAAGGUGAUUAUAAAACAUCUAUUAAUUAUUAUCAUAAGGCACUUAAUCUAUUUAAACAGACUCUUGACAAUGAUAAACAUCCAAAAUUAGCUGGUACAUACAAUAAUUUAGGUCUUGUUUAUACACGCAAUGGUGAAUAUGAAAAUGCUAUUGAUAAUUAUCAAAAAUCUUUAUCAAUAAUUAAACAAACAUUACCAUCUAAUCAUGCACUAUUUGCAAAAUGUUAUAAUAAUAUUGGCCUAGUUCAUUUCUACAAUGGUGAUUCUAAUUCUGCAUAUGAAUAUUUUUCAAUGGCAUUGGAUGUGACAUCAAAGACAACAAUAUUACAUUCAGAUAUUUCUGCAACAUAUGGUAAUAUGGGUAUUAUACAUUGUAUUCAGAAUAAUUAUGAUCUGGCAAUUUCUUAUCAUAUAAAGGCAAUAGAUAUUUGUAAUCAAAUAUUAUCAAAUAAUCAUCCUGAUCUUGGUGCAAGAUAUGUUGAUCUGGGUUUUACACAUGCUAAGAAAGGAAAUUUCGACGAUGCUAUGAUGUAUUACGAAAAAGUACUAUCUAUUUUCAAUCAAUCAUUGAAUAUCACUAUACAACACAAUGAUUAUCAUCCAAGAAUUGCUCAUGUUUAUAGUAAUAUCGUAUUAUUGUAUACGAAUAAGUGUGAUUUUGAUAAAGCUCUUCAAUAUUUAACGAAAUCAUUUGAUAUCAAAGUGAAUGUACUACAUUCAAAUCAUCCUGACUUAAUAAAAAAUUACACGAAUUUAGGAACUGUUUAUCAUCAUCUUUUACAAGAGACAUAUGAAGAAAAUCAUAUUAGUUUAACAACGAUUUAUGAUAAUAUAGGAACAAUUUAUUAUGAAAAAUCGGAUUUUGAUUUAGCACUCAUUUAUUAUAAGAAAUCAAUGAAUAUUCGUCAGUAUGUUUUGAAAGAGACUCAUUCAGAUAUUGGAAAUAGUUUGAAUCUUAUUGGACGAAUUCAUUCGAAUCAAAAACAAUAUGAUAAAAGUCUUAUGUGUUAUAAACAAGCACUUGAAAUAUAUAAUAAGGGAGACUCAAAGAACACUAUUGAUAUUGCAAUUAUCUAUCAUAAUAUGGGAGAUGUUUAUUUUCAACAAACAGAAUAUGAAACGGGUCUUAAAUAUUAUAAUAAAUCAUUAGAGACUUUUAAAACUAUUUUGAACGAAAAUCAUUCACAUAUCGCUACUGCUUACACGAGUAUUGCUAAUGUCUACUAUCAAACUGAUAAAUAUGAUUUAUCGGCUCAGUACUAUAUGAAAUCACUUAAAAUUUUACAACAAAUAUAUCCAAAAAAUCAUCCGGAAGUUGCUGUUACUCUAAAUAAUAUUGCAAAUGUAUUUUGUAGUACAGAACAAUAUGAUUUUGCAAUUGAUUGUUAUGAAAAAUCACUUGAGAUAUAUAAAAUGAAUUUUCCAAUAAAUCAUCCAAAAAUAAAAGUAAGUCAAAACAAUCUGGCAUUAUGUUAUAAAAAUCUUGCAUCGAAUUAUGUUAAUGAUAACGAAGAUUAUAAAAUGGCACUUGAUUUAUGUCAAAAAGUCUUAGAAAUUUAUGAACAGACAUUACCAGAAACUCAUAUAAACGUUGUGACAAUCAAACGAGACAUUGAGACGUUAUUGCAAAAACUAAGUGUUGUGCCGUAUGUAUUUGAUCGUAGUUUAUUAUGUGAACAUUUUUCAUUACAUUCAAUAUCAUUACAUUUAAAACGUGAUUCAGAUUUCAUAGCUCUUCUCUAUUAUUUACCAUUAUUGACUGACUGCCAUGUGACAUGUGAUGAACGUGGUACAAUAAAUCAAGAUGAAAUUUAUUAUCUUGAACCUUUACCAUAUCUUGUCAAAUUUCAAUAUUUUGGCACUAUGUUAACGACCGAUCUUCGUUUAUUACUUGAACUCGUUCUGUCAAAUGGAAAAAGAAAAUUAAACUAUUUAUCACUUUAUUGUAGAGAAGAACAAUGGCCAAUAUACACAAUUUUAAAUAAACAAUUUUUACAAACAUAUCUUGACAAUGGACAAUUUGAAUUUUAUUUCAAAAUUAUUUCACAAACACCACUGAUCAGACCACAACUGGGAAUUAGUAUGUCAAAUGUAGGAUAUUGUAUAACACAAGAAAUGUUCGGUCAAAUUUAUUCUUUACCAUUUGCCUUUGAAAAAUUUGAUAUAUUUUCAAAUGAAUAUUUUGAUCUUGUCGAACAUCCAAUUGACAAUAAUCAUAACUUUUCAUCAGUGAAAUCAAUCUAUUUGUAUGGCAGUGGUUCCAUCUUUGACUCUCACUUUUUAUUCAAAUUAUCUGAAAUGUUUAUCAGUUUGACAACAUUAGAAUACACAAAUCCCUAUCAUUCAUUGAAAAGACAUCCAUUUCAAUUACACAAGUACGAUUUCAAAAUUGAUCAAUUAAAAUCGUUAAUUAUUCAUCAUUCACAAUAUUAUUCUAUAACUGAACCAUUACUAUUAUUAACACCCAAUGUAAUAGAAUUAAGUAUCGAAUACGGUUAUCUAAUGCAGCUAGCAUCACUCAUCACAUCACCACAACAAUUUAAUCAAAUACGUUCACUAACCGUCUUGUGUUUCAAUGAAUUUUAUGAGCAAUUCUUUUUUCAUCUAUUUCCAAAUGUUGAACACCUUCAUCUCUCAUUCGAAUUGAUAAAAUCUACAAUUUAUCGUACACAUUUUUCAUUUAUAAAUAAUCUGUUUGAGUGUAUGAGACAAUCAUUGUCAACAUUGAAAAUGUCCAAUAUUAAAUGUCCAUUUGAUGGUGGUAAAUAUGCGCUAAUAGCAAUGAAAGAAAAUUUUCGUCAAAGUAUAUACAAAUAUUAUAAAAAUGCUUGUAUCAAUUGGUUAAAACAAGAAGUCAGAAAUAAACAACGCUAUACAGUAUUAUUUUCUAUUUGA